UGUGCCCCUCCCCCACCGCCGCCAUGGGCCCGCCCGGGACCCUCGGCCUCAUCCUUCUGCUGCUCGCCCCUGGAGCUGCUGCAGCGGAUCGAGAAUGUUCCGGGUGCCUCCCGGGACCAGGACCAAUCGCGGCGCUCAUUGCUGCUGACGUCAUCAUGACACUGCUGAUUGCGGGCGGAGCCUAUUGGCUGGCGGGGCGGGGCCGCCGAGCCCCGCCCAAGCCCCGCCCCCAGGAGCAGGACUCGCACUACCAGGAGCUGCAGGGGGCGCGCGGGGACCUCUACAGCGAGCUCAAGCGCUGAGCGCCCCCUCCCCCGCCAUUCAUUCCCGCCAUUAAAGAGCUUUUAGCCGCUUUGG